UCUUUAUUUGAAGCGUCGCUUUCGAAACCAAACCGAGUGUUUCACUCCCACUCAGAUGUUAAAUUGUCUUUUCUAGUAGUUUUUAUCAAACAUUGCAAGUGGUUGAAAAAACCCAGUAAUGUGAGAGUGAAACUCUUGCUUGUUGUGUUAAGGUUCCAACUUCUAAGAUAUGAAGAAACUAGAUUCUGAACCACACCAUAGUUCAGACCACAAACAACAAGAGAAUGAAGAAGAACAAGAAGAACCUUACGUAGAGCAAACUACUAGCAAAUCCCCUUCACCGCCGCUUCAUUCUCUCUCAGACUCACCGAUUUCCGACGACCAUCGCUCCCUCCCUCUAGUCGCACAACCGCCGGUGGUCACGGCUCACCGAUUCCAGGUUGAGCCAGCGGUCAUCACCAAGGUAGAUCCCGGUGCAGAAGAGGGCUUCGUCGGUGUAAAAGAGGUUGAACGUGAACGAGAACAAUCCGCCACUAGCGAUGGUGGUAACCGGAGAUUAAGACCUGACGUGUCGAGUUUGUUGAGGUCGGAGAAAGUUGUGAAUUUGAAUAAGUUUUUGUUGGGUCUUAGAAUUGGUGGAUUUUUUUUCUGCUUGGUUUCUUUUUCUGUGUUGGUUGCUGAUAGGAAAAAGGGUUGGGCUCUUGACUCUUUCUAUUUGUACAAAGAAUUCAGGUAUAGCUUAUCUGUGAAUGUGAUUGGGUUUGUGUAUUCGGGGUUGCAGAUAUGUGAUCUAGUGAAGUACUUGAUCAGCCGAAAACAUAUAGUGGAGCAUGGACUAAGGGGUUACUUCACUUUUGCAUUGGAUCAGAUCUUGACAUACCUUCUAAUGUCCGCAUCCUCAUCGGCUGCCACUAGAGCUUAUGACUGGGAGUCCAACUGGGGCAACGACAAAUUCCCGUUCAUGGCAAAUGCAUCCGUUGUUUUGUCCUUCAUUGCUUUUGUGGCAUUUGCCUCGGCCUCUCUAGUCUCAGGUUCUAUCCUUUGCAGGUUCUAAUAGUCUAUAAUUUAUAUGAAUACUACAAAUGGAUUGGAAAGUAUCCAAUCUUCUCAGAAAAAAAUACUUUGUACAUAAAGGUAAAUAUUCACAUCUGCUGGUGUUGUUUUUAUAUUGUAAAGAUACAUAGUAUGUCAUGAUUGUUUACAACUUGUUGAGCUAGCAUUACCAUAUCUUGUACUUUUUGUAUUUAUUAAGAUUAUAUGCUGUAGCAUUCUGAAAAUUUUCUUCAAUGCAUGUAGAAUUUUGUAA